AUGAAGGCCUUGCGUGGUAGAAAUCAAAGAUAUUCUUCCCAAGAGGAUGCCUAUCUCUUCAGUUACAGGGAAUGGCGCAAUGAAAAAGUGUCGGAAUCAUGGGCUCAGUUUCUUGCUAGGUUUCAAAAGAAAUUCUGGGUCAAUCCCCGUAGUUCAGCGUCCCUGUUUCAUAGGGCUGAGAGACUUUCUGGUCGCCGCCACCAGACGCUGUCCCGAAAUGGAGAAAUGAUGCGCCACAUGCUUAAGAUCCGCAGAUCCAGCCUCUGGUGGACCUGGGGAAGGAUUGGCCAGGCAUUUGGUACCAAUGCGAGGACAGCUUCUGGGGCAUAUAAAAGUUUCUUACAGAGAAACGGGAUUGAUGAAGGCCAAGAUGAAUCUCGUCGCAUAAUAUGGACGAUAUCAAAUAGAAGAAAACUUUGUAGGGCACGUCAUCUCGGCCACUCAUGGGAACAAAUCGCUAGGCAGUUCGGCUACGAGGAGUAUAUAUGCAUAGCAGCGCAUUACAUACACUCUUACGGAGAAGGAAAGUCGGGGUACUUGAAUGCGUCUUUUCAUCCAAAGUAUUUCUUUUCUACAAUAGAGAGAACCAGUAUUUAUCAUAUGCAAAAGCUUUCCAGCAGGAGAGAGAUUAAGGACGAAAGUAUAGAUUUUCCAUGGGAGGAGAAUAUUAUGGCACAAUACCGGAGAAAACAAUCGCUCCCUAUACUUAAAUGCGAUGCGGAAGAAGCCGGAGCAUCUAGAAGUGGUAGAUCACAAUUAUGCUUCGGCGCUGGAGAGCCCGUGAAGGGCCAGUUGACGUUUGGACUGAAACAUAACCUUGGAAUAAUGGAGUGUGAUUCUAUGAGAACGACUCAGCAAUUUCACGACAGAGGUGUAGUUGCUGCACCGGUAACACUUCGAGGUGAUGUUCAUGCACACACGUCUAUAAAAACAAUAACACCAAUAUCCGGUAGAGGAGUUGCGGGAAUGAGAAUCAAUGGUGCUCGGACCUUGUCCAGACCUGAUACUCGACCAUUUGGAAAAGGUCACUGA